UUUAUUUUCUAAAUUUUCCUUUAUGCUUUAGUGACAACAUCUAAAUUAUUUAAGAGUUCAUUUUAUUUGAAUUAAAUAGACAACCUCAGAAUGGGGAGGGGUUCACCUCACCACUUUAUAAAACUCUUUAGUCGCGUCAGGGUUAAGUGUGGCUUGAGAGAAAUUGGUAACACUUAGAAGAAAAUAAUGGAAAAUUAAAGAUAGAAACUGUAAGAUGUUACUUUAAAAGAAAAUGUUUGCAGUCUCUUUACUCUCAGAGGCUAGACUAACAGGCUAGAUAUUUGGGUACUGACUGCAUUUUAUGUGUAUUAUGAGACUGCUUAAUACUGCUGUAGAAUGGAGUAAAACAUUUGGAUAGAGCCCAAGAACUGACAUGGUCUCAUGCAGACCCAGGAACUAAGAAAUGCUUUGAUUAAGUCAGGUGCCUGAAGUUUUUGUACCCUUUCCAGUUUUGAGAACUGGGUCCUAAGGGCUAGACAAUUAGACUGGCCCAUCUUUUUAAAUUAGUGAUGCAACUUUUGAGAUAUAGUCAUGGUUUAGGGUUUUCAUUUGGGUCCAGUGGAAUCAGUGAUGUAGGUUUAAUCUUACUAGAUUAUAUUUCACUGUAAGAAAAACCACUAUAUGAAAAUCUUACUUAUUUUUUAAAACAAGUUAAAGAGACAAUUGUAUUAUUAAACACCUUCCCUUAAUUAAUAAAUAGCAAUGAGAAAAAUAAUUUGAUAUUUGAUGUUCAGGAAUGUGGUAUUUUGGGAAUGCAUUUAUUAUAUAAAUUAAAGUACACCCAUAUGUUAGUAUUACUCCUGUAUAGAAAAAGAAACUGUUUUGUUUCAUCUCUAAUCUAUCUUGUAAGGUUGCUGGAUGAUAUAAUAGAUGCUAUUAUUGUUUACCAUCACUGGAAACGAAAAAGUAUAUGUACUCAUAAAAUUUUGUUUAGAAGUGUUACUAUAUCUAGUACUUUGAUAAGAAGAGUAAUAUGUGUCAUGGAAAUACAUUAUGUUGUGUUAAUCUAGAGUCAUUUUCUAGGCCUUCCAUAUGGUUUUUUAAGAAAAAUUCAUCAGGAAUUAAUAUAACUUUUCUAUGACUUCAUAUGUUAUGGUUAUCUAUAAAUGUUUUUUUGGCUCUAACCAUUUUUAGAAGUGUAAGGCUCAGAUAUCCAGUGUAAUGAGGCAACUUCCAUAUUGAAUAUAUAAUCAAAAUACAUACCAUUAUUCUUUAUACUCAGGAGAGGGAGGGAGGACGAGUGGGAAAGAGAGUUAUUAUUAUUUUUGUAUUUUUUGUGGUGGAGCAGGAACAUAGAGUAAAUGAUGGAUUUGUUUGUUUUUCAGAUAUGAGGAUCAAUGAUGCAGACUGCUGGGUUCGAUGAAGCUGGGCAUUUAUAACUAGAUUCAUUAAGGAAUACAAAGAAAAUAUUUAAAGGGAUCAAUAAUGGUGUCUUCUGGUUGCAUAAUGCGAAGUCUGUGGUUUAUCAUUAUAAUCAGCUUCUUACCGAAUACAGAAGGUUUCAGCAGAGCAGCUUUACCAUUUGGGUUAGUUAGGCGAGAACUGUCCUGCGAAGGUUAUUCUAUAGACCUGCGAUGUCCAGGAAGUGAUGUCAUCAUGAUUGAAAGCGCUAACUAUGGUCGGACAGAUGACAAGAUUUGUGAUGCUGACCCAUUUCAGAUGGAGAAUACAGACUGCUACCUCCCAGAUGCCUUUAAAAUUAUGACACAAAGGUGCAACAAUCGAACACAAUGUAUAGUAGUUACUGGGUCAGAAGUAUUUCCUGAUCCAUGCCCUGGAACAUACAAAUACCUUGAAGUCCAAUAUGAAUGUGUCCCUUAUAUUUUUGUGUGUCCUGGGACCUUGAAAGCAAUUGUGGACUCGCCGUGUAUAUAUGAAGCUGAACAAAAGGCAGGUGCUUGGUGCAAGGACCCUCUCCAGGCUGCAGAUAAAAUUUAUUUCAUGCCCUGGACUCCCUACCGUACCGAUACAUUAAUAGAGUAUGCUUCUAUAGAAGAUUUCCAAAACAGUCGCCAGACAACAACAUAUAAACUUCCAAAUCGAGUAGAUGGUACUGGAUUUGUGGUAUAUGAUGGUGCUGUCUUCUUCAACAAAGAAAGAACAAGGAAUAUUGUGAAAUUUGACUUGAGGACUAGAAUUAAGAGUGGUGAGGCCAUAAUUAACUAUGCCAACUACCAUGAUACCUCACCAUAUAGAUGGGGAGGAAAGACUGAUAUCGACCUGGCAGUUGAUGAAAAUGGCUUAUGGGUCAUUUAUGCCACUGAGCAGAACAAUGGAAUGAUAGUUAUUAGCCAACUGAAUCCAUACACUCUUCGAUUUGAAGCAACGUGGGAGACUGUAUAUGACAAACGUGCUGCAUCAAAUGCUUUUAUGAUCUGUGGAGUCCUCUAUGUAGUCAGGUCAGUUUACCAAGACAAUGAAAGUGAAACCGGCAAGAACGCAAUUGAUUACAUCUACAACACCCGAUUAAACCGAGGAGAGUAUGUAGAUGUUCCCUUCCCCAACCAGUACCAGUAUAUUGCUGCAGUGGAUUACAAUCCAAGAGAUAAUCAACUCUAUGUGUGGAACAAUAACUUCAUUUUACGAUAUUCUCUGGAGUUUGGUCCACCUGAUCCUGCCCAAGUGCCUACCACAGCUGUGACAAUAACUUCUUCAGCUGAGCUGUUCAAAACCACAGUAUCAACCACAAGCACUACUUCACAGAAAGGCCCCAUGAGCACAACUGUAGCUGGAUCCCAGGAAGGAAGCAAAGGGACAAAACCUCCUCCAGCAGUUUCUACAACCAAAAUUCCUCCUGUAACAAAUAUUUUUCCCCUGCCAGAGAGAUUCUGCGAAGCGUUAGAAGCGAGGGGGAUAUGGUGGCCUCAGACACAAAGGGGAAUGAUGGUUGAACGACCCUGUCCCAAGGGAACAAGAGGAACUGCCUCGUAUCUCUGCAUGGUUUCCACUGGAACAUGGAACCCUAAGGGCCCCGAUCUCAGCAACUGCACCUCACACUGGGUAAAUCAGCUGGCUCAGAAGAUCAGAAGUGGAGAAAAUGCUGCUAGUCUUGCCAAUGAACUGGCUAAACAUACCAAAGGGCCGGUGUUUGCUGGGGAUGUGAGUUCUUCAGUGAGACUGAUGGAGCAGUUGGUGGACAUUCUUGAUGCACAGCUGCAGGAACUGAAACCUAGUGAAAAGGAUUCAGCUGGACGGAGUUAUAACAAGCUCCAAAAACGAGAGAAGACAUGCAGGGCUUACCUUAAGGCAAUUGUUGACACAGUGGACAACCUUCUGAGACCGGAAGCUUUGGAAUCAUGGAAACAUAUGAAUUCUUCUGAACAAGCGCAUACUGCAACAAUGUUACUUGAUACGUUGGAAGAAGGAGCUUUUGUCCUUGCUGACAAUCUCUUAGAACCAACAAGGGUUUCAAUGCCCACAGAAAAUAUUGUUCUAGAAGUUGCAGUACUCAGCACAGAAGGACAAGUGCAAGACUUUAAAUUUCCUCUGGGCAUCAAAGGAUCAGGCAGUUCGAUUCAACUCUCUGCAAAUACUGUGAAACAGAACAGCAGGAACGGGCUUGCGAAGUUGGUGUUCAUCAUUUACCGAAGUCUGGGACAGUUCCUUAGUACAGAAAAUGCAACCAUAAAACUGGGUGGUGACUUUAUUGGCCGUAAUAGUACUAUUGCAGUGAAUUCCCACGUCAUUUCAGUUUCAAUCAAUAAAGAGUCCAGCCGAGUAUUCUUGACCGAUCCUGUGCUUUUUACCCUGCCACACAUUGAUCCUGAUAAUUAUUUCAAUGCAAACUGCUCCUUCUGGAACUACUCAGAGAGAACUAUGAUGGGAUAUUGGUCUACCCAGGGCUGCAAGCUGGUUGACACUAAUAAAACUCGUACAACGUGUGCAUGCAGCCACCUAACCAAUUUUGCAAUUCUCAUGGCCCACAGGGAAAUUGCAUACAAAGAUGGAGUUCAUGAAUUACUUCUUACAGCCAUCACAUGGGUGGGAAUUGUCAUUUCCCUUGUUUGCCUGGCUAUCUGCAUCUUCACCUUUUGCUUUUUCCGUGGUCUACAGAGUGACCGCAACACUAUUCACAAGAACCUCUGUAUCAACCUUUUCAUUGCUGAAUUUAUUUUCUUAAUAGGCAUUGAUAAAACAAAAUACAUGAUUGCAUGCCCAAUAUUUGCAGGACUUUUACACUUUUUCUUUUUGGCGGCUUUUGCUUGGAUGUGCUUAGAAGGUGUACAGCUGUAUCUAAUGUUAGUUGAAGUUUUUGAAAGUGAAUAUUCAAGGAAGAAAUAUUACUAUGUUGCUGGUUACUUGUUUCCUGCCACAGUGGUUGGAGUUUCAGCUGCUAUUGACUAUAAGAGCUAUGGAACAGAAAAAGCUUGCUGGCUUCAUGUUGAUAAUUAUUUUAUAUGGAGUUUUAUUGGACCUGUUACUUUCAUUAUUCUGCUUAAUAUUAUCUUCCUGGUGAUCACAUUGUGCAAAAUGGUGAAGCAUUCAAACACUUUGAAACCAGAUUCUAGCAGGUUGGAAAACAUUAAGUCUUGGGUGCUUGGUGCUUUCGCUCUUCUGUUUCUUCUUGGCUUAACCUGGUCAUUUGGGUUGCUUUUUAUUAACGAGGAGACUAUCGUGAUGGCAUAUCUCUUCACCAUCUUUAACGCUUUCCAGGGAGUGUUCAUUUUCAUCUUUCACUGUGCUCUCCAAAAGAAGGUACGAAAAGAGUAUGGAAAGUGCUUCAGACACUCGUAUUGCUGUGGCAGCCUCCCAACUGAGAGCCCCCACAGCUCAGUGAAGGCGUCUACCACCAGGACCAGUGCUCGGUACUCUUCUGGCACACAGAGUCGUAUAAGAAGGAUGUGGAAUGACACUGUGAGAAAACAGUCUGAAUCUUCUUUUAUCUCAGGUGACAUCAAUAGCACUUCGACACUUAAUCAAGGAAUGACUGGCAAUUACCUACUAACAAACCCUCUUCUUCGACCCCACGGCACUAACAACCCCUAUAACACAUUGCUCGCUGAAACAGUUGUCUGUAGUGCCCCUUCAGCUCCUGUAUUUAACUCACCAGGACAUUCACUGAACAAUGCCAGGGAUACAAGUGCCAUGGAUACUCUACCGCUAAAUGGUAAUUUUAACAACAGCUACUCACUGCGGAAGGGGGACUAUAAUGACAGCGUGCGAGUCGUGGACUGUGGACUGAGUCUGAAUGAUACUGCUUUUGAGAAAAUGAUCAUUUCAGAAUUAGUGCACAACAACCUACGGGGUGGCAGCAAGACUCACAACCUCGAGCUCACGCUACCAGUCAAACCUAUGAUUGGAGGGAGCAGCAGUGAAGAUGAUGCUAUCGUGGCAGACGCUUCAUCUUUAAUGCACGGAGACAACCCAGGGCUGGACCUCCAUCAGAAAGAGCUUGAGGCACCGCUCAUUCCUCAACGGACUCACUCCCUUCUGUACCAACCCCAGAAGAAAGUGAAGCCCGAGGGAACUGACAGCUAUGUCUCCCAGCUGACAGCUGAGGCUGAGGACCACCUACAGUCCCCCAACAGAGACUCUCUUUAUACAAGCAUGCCCAAUCUUAGAGACUCUCCCUACCAGGAGAGCAGCCCCGAUGUGGAAGAAGACCUGUCUCCCUCCAGGAGGAGUGAGAACGAGGACAUUUACUAUAAAAGCAUGCCAAAUCUUGGAGCUGGCCAUCAGCUUCAGAUGUACUACCAGAUCAGCAGGGGCAAUAGUGAUGGUUAUAUAAUCCCCAUUAACAAAGAAGGAUGUAUUCCGGAAGGAGAUGUUAGGGAAGGACAAAUGCAGCUGGUCACAAGUCUUUAAUAGUGCACCUAAGGAAUUCCAAGGGCCACAUGCAAGUAUUAAUAAAUAAACAAAGACUCCAACGGCCCCGUGCAACCCUCUCAAACUCUGCUUGAAGAGACAGCUCUGUGCACCUGUGGUUCUCCAGUGUAAAAAAAAAAAAA